AUGGUCCUCCUCACUCGCCGAUGGCAGAACUUCCAAUUCGUCGUCUUCGCCUUCUGCGCCAUACUAGUCUAUCUAGCGGAGCACAUAAACGCGUACGCGGCGCAUCACUGGAAGAUCUUUUCCCGCCAGAACUACUUUGACCAAUACGGGCUCUUCGUCUCGGUGCUCUUCUCGGGCCCCAUACUCGUCAUCGCGAUUGUCAUUCUGGUGCAACUAAUGAUCAGUACGGUUGAACUGAUGGUGAAGUGGAAGAAGGCAGAGCUCAAGCACAGGGCGAGAAAGGCAGCACAGCAGGAGAGGAGAAAAAAAGAGUAG